GAACCAGGAUGCAGCGUCCCCGGUGGUUGCUAGGAGCAUGUCUAUGGUUGCUAUGCUCCACAGAGGUGUGGACGGCGACCUUUAAGCUGGCUCUGAUUGGACCAUGGUCAUGUGACCCCCUUUUCUCCCGCGCCAUGCCGACGGCGGCUGCCAACCUGGCAUUGUCACGGUUACGGAGUGACACCGGGCUGAGCAGAGGCUACUGGUACGACGUGAAGCUACUGGACGAGGACUGCUCCGCCUCCAAAGCACUGACAGAACUCGGGGACAUGGAGGGUUAUGGACACGCUUACAUCGGCCCCUUCAGCCCCGCCCUCUGCCAUGCUGCCUCUUUAUUGGCUCAGCACUGGGAGGCGGGGCUUGCCUCUCCAGGCUGUCUGGGUGCUGAUUGGCCCAACCUGCCGCCCCUCCCCCAGCCCAGCAGGUUGCUCUUCAGCGUGUUGCGGUUCUUCCGCUGGGCGCACGUGGGCGUCAUCUCAGCUCCAACAGACCUUUGGGUGAGUACCGGACAAGAAGUGGCCUCUGCGCUCCGAGCACUAGGGCUGCCCAUUGGUCCGGUAGUUACCAUGGAAACCAAUAAAAACGGUGGCGCUCAGGAGGCUCUGCGAGCGAUCAGAGUGGCGGACAAGGUCAAAGUGGUCAUCAUGUGCAUGAGCUCUGUUCUGAUUGGUGGAGAGGAUCAGCGGGAGCUCCUGCUGACGGCUCUGGACAUGGGGAUGGUUGCCGACGGUUACGUGUUCAUCCCGUACGACGCGCUGCUGUACGCCAUGCCGUACCAGGACAUAGCAUUUCCUCAGCUGACCAAUAGCACGAAGCUCCGCCACGCCUACAGCUCAGUCCUCACCGUUACCAUGGCGUCCGACCAGAGCUUCUAUGAAGCCUUCAGACAGGCGCAGAUCAACCGUGAGAUCCGGACAGCUGUAUCUGCCACCGAGGUGUCUCCAAUCUUCGGCACCAUCUUUAACAUGGUGUACUUCGUUGCUAAGGCGGUGGAGGAGCGUCGUCAGGCAGGGGGCGGGCAUUGGGUGACAGGCAACCAGCUCAUCCAAUCAGAUGGAGGCUUUGAUUUCCAGGGCUUCAAUCAGGUGGUGUACGGAGGUAAAGAGGGGCGGGGCAUGCAGGCCAAGUACGUGGUGUUGGACAGCGAUGGAGACAGAUUUGUGCCGACACACACUCUCGCUCCGACACACACACAUGGGCCGGUCGGAAGCCUGAAACCUCUGAGUCACACCUUCAUCUUCCCUGGAGGAAAACCCCCCUCCGCCAGCUUCUGUUGGUUCAGCCCAGAGGAGGCCUGCAGUGGGGGUCCGGAAACGGUGUCCAUGUUCUUUGCCUUCCUGCUGUUCUGCGCUUUGAUUGGAGCUUUUAUCUACUGGAUAAAGAAGUACAAAAGAAAAGCAA